CGUUUCUGUUCAUUUGGGUGGAGCAGGAGGAGGAAGUGGAGGUGCCGAACUGAAUUUGCCCCAAUAGAAACUCACAUUUAAAAAAAAUAUUGUUUGCUACACUGUGCACUAAUGAAUACAUUAGCAGAGGAAAAGGAAUUGAGCCACAGCAGACCGACAGACACCUUGUUAUCCUGAUCAAGUUAUAUAUUGAGUUGACAUUCUCCAACUGAACCAUGGCUGGAAACAAGAAAGGACCCCCCACCACUUCUCAAAAGCACCAGAGCUUUGUCACAGAGCCAAUGGGAAACCGGUCUGUGAGGGAUGUACCGGGGAUUGGACCCGCACACGGCCGCACGUUGGAGGAGAGGGGCAUGCCUAGGGCUGACCAGUUGUUGGGUGAUUACCUGAAGAGAGGUCGGGACCAAGGCCAGUUCCAGGACAAUCUGAAGAAUACCACAGGGGCCAACGCCAAGCAACAGAGGGACGCCUACAAUGGAAUGAGAGAGUGGACCGACAACAACAUGUAGAGGACAGCAGACAGUCACCUCUUUGUUGUCUCUGUCUCUCUCUCUCUCUCUGUCUCUCUGUCUCUCUCUCUCUCUCUCUCUGUCUCUCUGUCUCUCUCUCUCUCUCUCUCUGUCUCUCUCUCUCU